AUGGAAGGACCCUCUGACGUCAAAGUCUGGGUCUGUGGUGGGGAUGGCCAGUGGACCGGAGAGCAACCGAAUUGCGAAGUUUUAACCUGUCCGUCGCCUCCCAUACCUGCGUACGGGGGAGUGAACCCGGUGGAGGCAGACCAGUACAGCUACGGUGACACCAUAGAUUAUAGUUGCCAGGACGGAUACCAGCUGACUGGGAGUGCUGAAAACACAUGUGGGCCUGACGGGUCUUGGGCGAACGAAGCCCCAGCGUGUCGAAUUUCCGGGACAUUGUGUGAUCCUCAACUCAAUGACGUCAUGACAUCGCAGCAUAGUUGCAUCAAGGCGAGUCAGUUGCUCGUCCAAGAUACCAUGACAUGGGAUGAUGCCAAUGCCACUUGUCAGGAUCUUGGUAGUACUGUUCCAGAUGGAAGUUGCACCGGAAGGAUUUCGAAUGAUGCCUUAGUUUUGCUUGAUUACCGCCACAAGUGCUACCGAUUCAGCACCGUCAUAGUGACAUGGUCCACAGCGAGAGAUACUUGUACGACAGAAGGUGGCUCUUUAGUGGAAGUCAUUGAUGGAAGCCUGCAAACCUUUUUGACCCAGCAAGCCAUGAACAUUGAGGAGAAUUUCGGAAUCGAAGCUAACUGGUGGAUAGGAGGAUACGACGAUGGUUCUGCAACAGACAGAGCUUGGUUUUGGAUGGAUAAUACAAGGGCUACUUACAUGUCAUGGAACAGUGGCCAGCCAACCAAAACUACAAAGAGAUGCGUGGAGGUUAACAGCGAUAUGAACCAUAACUGGAAUGACAGAGGUUGCAAUUCCAGACGACAAGCCAUGUGCCAAAUCGGAAUCGCAGCAUGUGGGGAUCCUGGAGCUCCAUCACACGGAACCAGAAGUCCAGGGGACAGAUCCACCUUCCUAGAUGGAGCUGUCAUUCAGUUCUCCUGCGAUCCUGGGUACGAACUAGAAGGAGCCACAGAGAUCACUUGCCAACCCGAUGGGAGCUGGGAUGGUGUCAAACCCUUAUGUGCAGUGAUAUCAUGUGGGGAUCAACCCCCUGCGGUCCUCAAAGCGCUGAUCACGGAUAUUUCACAUAUCUUCCGAGGGACUGCAGUUUAUACCUGUAACGAAGGGUCAGGGGCUUCUGGUAACCCACUCUCGCACUGCCAAGCAGACGCAACUUGGAGUCAACCAGAUUUUCAGUGCAUAGACUGUAGUAUUCCCGAAAAGACGUGUCCACACUGCACAGUUGUACUUGUGUCUACACAUACCUACCCGGUUGGAACGUACCUGCAGUGGAGGUGUGAAGAGAACUACGUCAUGGAAGGACCCUCUGACGUCAAAGUCUGGGUCUGUGGUGGGGAUGGCCAGUGGACCGGAGAGCAACCGAAUUGCGAAGUUUUAACCUGUCCGUCGCCUCCCAUACCUGCGUACGGGGGAGUGAACCCGGUGGAGGCAGACCAGUACAGCUACGGUGACACCAUAGAUUAUAGUUGCCAGGACGGAUACCAGCUGACUGGGAGUGCUGAAAACACAUGUGGGCCUGACGGGUCUUGGGCGAACGAAGCCCCAACGUGUCGAAUUUCCGAGACAUUGUGUGAUCCUAAACUGCAUUAUGACGUCAUGACAUCGCGUCACAGUUGCAUCAAGGCGAGUCAGAUACUCGUCAAAGAUACUAUGACAUGGUAUGAUGCCAAGGUCACUUGUCAGGAUCUUGGUAGCACUGUUCCAGGUGAACUGGCUAUGAUCAAGACAGAGGCCAUGCAAGAAGAUGUACGGGAUCUCAUCAAUCUACCAAAGACACUUGGUUACUCUUUUGAUUCCUAUUUCUGGAUAGGAGCCAAGGAAGAUACAAGGGCUACUUACAUGUCAUGGAACAGUGGCCAGCCAACCAAAACUACAAAGAGAUGCGUGGAGGUUAACAGCGAUAUGAACCAUAACUGGAAUGACAAAGGUUGCAAUUCCAGACGACAAGCCAUGUGCCAAAUCGGAAUCGCAGCAUGUGGGGAUCGUGGAGCUCCAUCACACGGAACCAGAAGUCCAGGGGACAGAUCCACCUUCCUAGAUGGAGCUGUCAUUCAGUUCUCCUGCGAUCCUGGGUACGAACUAGAAGGAGCCACAGAGAUCACUUGCCAACCCGAUGGGAGCUGGGAUGGUGUCAAACCCUUAUGUGCAGUCGUCAUUAUUGCCAUUGUUAUCAUCUGUAUAGUAGUCUGGAGAAGAAGACAAUUGAGGAAGUCCCCUGAUACAUCAUCGCUUGACACACCAACCUACGACUGCAUAGGCAAUAUUUAUAAUAUAUGCUUUACAAAGGACACCAGGGGCACAGUCGGGAACAACAACGAUUCCUAUAUCGGACUCGACCUAGGUAGGAUGCAAUCCGUUGAAACGGACGAAUCACGUUAUCUGGCUCUGGGCGAAGGCAUAACAGGACGUCCAAUAACAGCUACAGGAUCAAGUAGCCCUAGAGGGCGCCCAAAUACUGGCAUCAGUACUACGGAACUUGUAGAUGUCGACAACGAAGGUUAUGCUUCGCUAAGGAUUGGGGAAGUUCGGAGCAUUCAACAGUUACCUUACACGACUCUGUCACGCUGGGGGAAUUCUGACCAAAGGAGAGGGCAGAAUGUUUCAGAAGGAGACGUGGGUGGUAGGGAGGGUGCGGAUUUCGAUCAGUUUCGAUCUACUUUUGAAGCGCAACAUCGGAGCUCGAUAGACACGGACAUCAAUCUGUAUGAAACCGUGAUAACCCCGCGGCCGUCCAGAGACAUGGGAGUCCUUCGCAAGCAGGGUAGUCUCGGUGAGAGCGAGUAUGAAGAACUUGACAACAUGAACAUCAACCCUAAUAAUGAUGCUGACCCAUUGACAAGCCAGGGCGCCACACCACUGCCCAAUCAGAGUCCGUUGCAGCCAGCACUUCCCCUAACACAGCUCUAA